AUGCCUAGAGCGACCAGCGCGCGACAUCAACGGGACGAUGAUGUGACUCGCAGCUGGUACAUCAGCGGCAUCAGCAGGAACAAAGCCCAACUCCUUCUCCUCUCGUCCCCGAAUCGGCACGGCUCCUUCCUUAUCCGGGACAGUGAGAGUAACAAGGGGGAAUACUCUCUGUCAGUUCGGAAUCAUGCCAAAGUGAGACAUUUCAGAAUCUACAAGGAGCCUGGAGGAAACUUGUACUUGGAAAAGGAACAUCCGUUUCCCAACCUGGAGCAGCUCCUGACUUAUUACACAGUCAACUGGAAAGUCAUCCAGAGCCCCUUGCUUCAUCCCUGCAUCCAAAAGAGGUCUCUUGAGACAGACCAAUGGGAACGUCCCCGUUCAGAAUUCACGCUGUGGAGGAAGAUGGGAGAAGGAUGUUUUGGAGAGGUGUGGGAAGGAAUGUGGAAGAACACAGUGCCAGUGGCCAUCAAAAUCAUGAAGCAAGCAAACAUGAGGGACGACUUCGCCAAGGAGAUCCAGAACUUGAAAAGCCUGAAGCACGCCCGGCUCAUCAAACUCCUCGCAAUCUGUUCGGUCGGCGAACCUGUCUACAUCGUCACGGAGCUGAUGAGGAAGGGCAACUUGCACAGCUACCUCAACAGUAUAGCAGGGAAGGAACUCACCAAGCAUCAUCUGCUCAGCAUCUCUUGCCAGGUGGCUGACGGAAUGACGUACCUGGAAGAGCAGCAUGUCGUUCACAGAGAUUUGGCAGCCAGGAACAUUUUGGUGGGAGAUGAUCUGGCUUGCAAAAUCGCAGACUUCGGCCUUGCUAGACUCCUCAAGGAUGAUAUUUAUUCCACCAGCGGCAACGCCAUGAUCCCCGUGAAAUGGACGGCCCCUGAAGCAGCCGUUUACCAGACGUACUCCCUCAAAUCAGAUGUUUGGUCCUUCGGGAUUCUUCUCUAUGAAGUUUUUACUUAUGGGCAAUGCCCCUAUGAGGGGAUGACCAACCAAGAAACUAUCCAGCAGAUCACACAUGGCUACCGUCUCCCCCGGCCUAAUAACUGCAGUUCUGAAAUAUACACCAUCAUGUUAGACUGCUGGAAGGUCAACCCUGACGACAGACCGACUUUUCUUGCCUUAAGGGGGAAGCUCUUCUCUAUUUACAAAUGGGCCCAUCACCCAUUCUCUUGAAUGUCCUUGACGGUAUUGAUUAUGGACAGUCAGUCCUGAAUCCUCCACGGGAUUAGUAGGAACUGUGACGAGAUACCCAGCCUAAGCCAACCUUGGGCCUAAAGAAUAUUUUAGACAUUUGAAACUGGAAUAUAUGAAGAAGGCCGCCUUCUUGGGAGGCACAACGAAGACGCCCACUUGUCUUUCCUUGAGGCAUCCACUGGAGGAUUAUCUGCUAGACAUACUCACAAUGAAGAUGUCCUUGUGAAAGGAAGCAGAAGAUGUAAGGUUCUCCUCGUGCAAGCUAUGGACUGAUUUACUCAUGAGGUUGAUUUUCAUUAUUCAAUAAACAUGUGCACAUGAAAUUGAA